GCCGCACACUUCCAGCCCCAGCUCCGGACGGGACUCCCACGCUGCUGCUGCUGCUGCUGCUGCCGCUGCUGCUGCUGCUGCUGCUCACUCUCCUCCCGACCCAGCCGUCUCUUUCCACAACUUUUCACAACUUGUCACAUCUCUGCAAAACUCCGAGACAUCAGAGUUGGCUGCAUGGCUACAUGAAAGUUUCAUGGACUUGGAUCUUGGAAAGCUUUUAGCGACGCUUUAUUGGAGCUCGUCGCCUCUAUAGUUACUGUGGAUUACUGACAUACCGCAGGACCCUUGGCAGCUAUUUAUUGGGGUUUUUUCUUCUGCAGAAAUGGGGAGCAAAGCCCUGCACGCCCCGAUCCCCCUGCACCCCGCGCUGCAGCUCACCAACUACUCCUUCCUGCAGGCCGUCAACACGUUCCCCGCCGACCAGCUGCAGGGGCUGUACGGCCUCAGCGCGGUGCAGACCAUGCACAUGAACCACUGGACUCUGGGCUAUCCGCACAUGCAGGGACUGAGGUCGACGAUCACGGCGGCCGCCCAGGGGCUGGUGGACCCCCGGAUCCCCUUCCCGGGGUUGCCCUUCACGGCCGCCGCGCAGCUCUUCCACCCCAAGCAGGCGGGCGGCGCGCACGGCGCGCCCUCGCUGCACAAGGACAGGCCGAGGUUUGACUUUGCCAACUUGGCUCUCGCUGCCACUCAGGAAGACCCGCCGAAGGCGGCGGAUCUGGCGAAACUGGCGUCGGGACUAGGGGGAACCAUCUCCGAGCUGAGCAAACUGUCCCCGGACCGAAAGCCCACCCGCGGCCGGCUCCCGUCCAAGACUAAAAAGGAAUUUAUUUGCAAGUUCUGCGGCAGGCAUUUCACUAAAUCCUACAACCUCCUCAUUCAUGAGCGAACCCACACAGAUGAGCGGCCUUAUACCUGUGAUAUUUGCCAGAAGGCCUUCAGAAGACAAGACCAUCUCAGAGAUCACAGAUACAUCCAUUCCAAGGAAAAACCAUUCAAAUGUCAAGAAUGCGGGAAAGGAUUCUGUCAGUCUCGAACUCUAGCCGUCCAUAAAACCUUACAUAUGCAGGAGUCUCCCCACAAAUGCCCCACAUGCGGAAGAACCUUUAAUCAAAGAAGUAACCUGAAAACUCACCUUCUCACCCAUACAGACAUCAAGCCCUACAGCUGUGGCCGCUGCGGAAAGGUGUUUCGGCGCAACUGUGACUUGCGACGGCACAGUUUGACGCACAGCCCACAUCAGGACUACUAGCCUGGAAAACAAAAAACAAAAUCAAAAUAACAAAGAGAGCGACAGAGAGGGAAAAAAUGGACUAAAGGAAGAGAGAUAAACCAGCGACUUUUGCGGGUCAAAGAGACUCUCCAAAUCCGGACACGUUUACUGCAGCGCUUUUUAGCGAGAGAUCUGGUUGCACCUCAAGCGGGACGGCAGUGCAGCCAUGGCCCUGGCCAGCUCCCCAAACACCUGUAAAUAGCAAUACCAUGUACAUAAUGUUUGUUUUUUUUAAUUAUUGUUGUUUUGCUCUUGAAAUGAGAAAGUUGUCAAAAAACGUCAUAAGUUUAAAGUAUGUUAAAUUGUAUUUUAGAAAAAUAAAUAUUACCAUGAUA